AUGCCAACAUUCAAUCAAGUUGUGGUGGGAUUUCGUGAUGAGGCAGGACAAAUAAUCUAUCAGCUUACAAAAGGAUCAGGAGAGUUGGACGUUGUUUCUAUUGUUGGCAUGCCUGGACUGGGUAGGACUACUUUAGCUAAUAAAGUUUACCAUGAUCCGAUGAUUAUAUGUCACUUCCAUAUUCGUGCUUGGUGUUGUAUUUCUCAAGUAUAUGGAAAGAAAGAUGUGUUAUUUCAGAUUUUGGCUUGCAGUGAUCCUUUGGACUCUGAUGAAUACUCUAGGAUGGAUGCUGAUGAUCUUGCUAUAUCACUCUACCAUUGUUUAAAGGGACACAGGUAUCUCCUAGUUUUGGACGAUGUUUGGGACAUUGAGGCUUGGAAUGCGUUAAAAGUUUCAUUCCCAAAUGAUGCCAAUGGAAGCAGAAUUCUUUUAACAAGUCGAAUUUCUAAGUUGGCUUUAGAAGUUAAACCUGCAAGUAAACCUCUCCAUCUUCGCCAACUUACUGAUGAUGAGUGCUUAGAAUUACUACAAAAGAAGCUGGUAGAAAAAGGUGGAUAUCCUCCAGCACUGUUUCUAUAUGGAAAGCAUAUAGCAAAAGGUUGUAAAGGGUUACCUCUAACAGUUGUUAUCACAGCUGAAAUUCUUGCAAAUUUAGAGCAAGAUGGUUGGGAAGAAAUUGCAGAAAGUCUAAGUUCGGACACUGUGUCUGGCACAGAACAUUGUAAAAGUAUAUUAGAGCUGAGCUACAAACAUGUACAUCAUUAUUUGAAGCCAUGCCUUCUUUAUUUUGGAGCAUUUCAAGAAGAUCAAGAGAUUCCUAUCUGGAGAUUGAUGCGGUUGUGGAUUGCUGAAGGCUUUGUCCAAAAGACACAGGUAAAGAGCCUAGAGGACACAGCUGAGGACAACAUAAUGGAUCUAAUUGGGAGAAGCUUGGUUAUAGUUGACAAACCAAAAUCUACGAGUGGAGUCAAAACUUGCCGCAUUCAUGACUUGUUGCAUGAAUUUUGUUUGAGAAAAGCCACAGAAGAAAAUCUUCUAAAGCUGAGACGUGAUGAUGCAGGACUUCCUAAGUUUGACAAGCCAAGUAAUACACGUCGGUUGUUUAUUUACUCUAAAGCAAAGCAUUUUCAGAAGUCACGGCUAUUUUGUCCUCUUUUAACCUCUCUAGUGGUCACUACCCAGAGUGAGGAAUAUGGAACUCCAUACAAUGUCUCAUCCAUUUUUCGCAUCUUCAAACUUCUGAGAGUGUUGGAUUUGGGAAAAAUUAAUCUGGGAUUUGUUUUUCCCGGCGAAAUUAUGUUGCUUGUUCAGUUGAGAUACUUGGCAUUUUCGGGUAACAUGAAUCACAUCCCAUCAUCAAUAGCAAACCUUUGGAAUUUGGAAACUUUUAUUCUAAAAUCGUUGCAUGGUAGUCUUUUUCUCCCAGAUACCGUAUGGAAUAUGCAGACAUUGAGGUGUCUCUGUGUAAGCGGCAAGUUUUUUGAUCUUAGUUUGGCCAAAGACAACUUGGACAGCUCCUCAGAUUUGUGUAACCUAGACACUAUAUCAGCUCUUGAGCUUGAUUUGGGGCAAAGCAUGGGUAAGAUAAUGAAGAAGUUUCCAAAUAUCCGCAAACUGAAAUGCAGUCUCCGUGAAACAGAAAAAUCUUGUGGGGAUCGGAACAAGAUUGUGGCAAUGGACUUUCUAAGACGACUGGAGUCACUGAAGCUGUCUUUUUACCGUGUGAAAGAGAAGGAUUAUGAGUUCAGUUUCCCCAUGAAUCUAAAAAAGUUGACCUUGGAAGCAUUUCCCUGGAGUAUGAUUUCCUCAAUAGGAAGCCUACCUAAUCUUGAGGUUCUCAAAUUACUGGGUACAAAAGCUGGUGGGGAAGAAAUAUGGAACAUGGCAGAAGGGGAAUUCCCUAAACUCAAAUUCUUGAAAUUGGAGUUGUUGUGCAUUGUCAGGUGGACGUGCUCCGGUGAUCAUCUCCCUUGUCUUCAGAAAUUGGUUUUGGAAAGCUGCUUGAACUUGGAGGAGCUCCCUUCUUGUUUGGGGGAAAUUCCAACUCUUGAAUUGAUUCAGGUGCAUCGCUGUCCAGGCCAUGUUGGAAGUUUGGUUCAAGAGAUUAAGGAAGAACAGAUGAACUGGGGAAAUGUGAAUCUGAAAAUCCUUGUCUUAGAUCAAAGAAGAUUGUGA